CCGUGUGUCCGUGCGUGCGUGCGGGGGCCGGCGCCGCGCCGGGCAGGUGAGAGCCCCGCGGGCAGGAGGAGGAGCAGCGGGAGGAGCAGCAGGAGGAGGCGGCGUGCUCCUGCCCGCCGGGGAUGCGUGUGUGCCCGUGCGUGUCUGCGCGCCCUCACCUCGGUAUCGCUCGGGUCACUCGUGGCGGGUGGAUCCAGCUACUCCCGGCGCCGGCGGGAAUCGCUUUUCCCAGCGCGGCCGGUUCUCGCUGAGGUCCCGAGAAGAGCGUGAGUGAGCAGCGGCUGUGAGCGAUCACACGGAAAAGAAAUGAAUGUCAGAGAGGAUUUGUUUAAUCAUUUAACAGCUGACACAAGCCAUGUCCCUAACAAAACGUUGGUGAAAAAGUGGUGAAGAAGAUUUCUGGGAUACAGCAGCACCAGUACUGUGAAGCCGCUUCUGCAAGUCAGGAGCAGCAUUUGCUGGAGGAUGCCGUAGCCCAGGAGGUGAGGCUCGUGGGGACGAGGUCGAUGGCUUGCAUGGAGCUUCUCUACCUGGCCGAGGAGAGCAGACAGGUGCCCCUGGGCACUACUACUGGCUGGAGCCUGCCCCCCCAUCCCCACGAGCAGCAGCGGUGUGAGGGGGGUGAGGUGGACCCCAGAGCAGCCGCUGCCGUCGCAGCCCUGCACUGUGAACGGCACUGCAAGCCCUUGCAGAGGGGCCCUGUGGCUGAGCCCCCCCUGGCACCCCAGCCCUCCUCCCUGGGCACCUCGCCUCAGGAGCACCCUGCCCCCUCCAGCGCCUCCCAGCCCUGCCACCCAGCCGAGCGCUUGCCCAGGGAAGAGGAUGGAGGGAAGAAGAAAGCCUGCUGCUGUGCCCAGGAACUCGAGACAUCAUUCACCUAUGUGGAUGAAAAUGUAAAUCUGGAGCAUGCAAGAAGUCCCCCCACUCCUACAGGUGGCCAGGAUGCCCCUCUGCAGCAGCAUUCCUGCAGGGAGCUGCCACCUGAAUGGGUGCACGGCUCUCCUUCCUUGAUCUCCGAGGAGGACGAUGCUGCCUCGGAGGCAGCAGCUGGGAAAUCUGUAGACUAUGGAUUCAUUAGUGCCAUUUUGUUCCUGGUUAGUGGCAUUUUGCUGGUGAUAAUUUCCUACGUGGUACCCAGAGAUGUGACUGUGGAUCCCAACACUGUGGCUGCCCGGGAGAUGGAGAGGCUGGAGAACGAGAGCGCAAGGAUCGGUGCUCACUUGGACCGCUGUGUUAUCGCCGGGCUGUGUCUCUUAACCCUGGGGGGCGUGGUGCUCUCCAGCCUGCUGAUGAUGUCCAUGUGGAAAGGGGAGCUGUACCGGAGGAGCAGGUUUGCAUCCUCCAAGGAGUCUGCAAAGCUGUAUGGAUCUUUCAAUUUUAGAAUGAAGUCUGGAGCAAAUGAUAAUAUGCUCGAGCUGUCGUUAGUUGAGGAAGAUGUGCUUGCCAUAGAUAAUUAGUGUGGUCAUGAUUUUUAAGGCAGCAUUUCUACAGGAAAAUAUGUUUCAUUAAAGAAAGCAGAUGCAGCUAAAGAUAGCUGGUGAUGCAGUUUAUUUGUCUGACAAGAAUGGUGUUAUCUUAAGCUCUACAAUCAAGUGUUUUCAAUAUAUGAGUACUUGUUGUAAAGGGGAACUGUGCCAGAUGAAAUGCAAAUGAUAUAUAAUAAUGAAAACCACUGAAUAAAAAGAGACUUGUGAUAAGUAGGUUCCUCAGAUACUCGUUUAUCCUAAUAUAAAACAUUCCAUUGGUGUCUUGCCUAUAUAAUUUUCUUAUUACUCCCAUAUAGAACAAGAAUGACCUUGACACUUUGGAAGCUGUUAAUUUUGAAGCCUGCAGGAUUAUUAACAUUCUACUUGACAGAAUAUUAAGAAGCAGGACCAAUAGUCAAAUAGCAGGGCUAAUAUUUCAUUAAGAGAUGUUUUUUUAUUCUUUAAUUUUAAGCAGAUACAUUUUCUUCAUUUAAGUGACAGCUAUGGGAAGAAAGAACACCACUUGGUCAUGGCUGGCCACAAACCUCCCAUAUUUUCAAACAAUUGUACAAUUAGUGAUGAUUAUUUAAAAUAUGAAAUAAGAGGCAAAGGGCAGGAAACCAUAUGGCUCAUGAUGCUGGUAGGAGACAAAAGGCUCUUUCAGCUUGAGGUCAGUGGCUCCAUUUCAGUUCAGAUUAGCAAUGAUUGAUAGUCAUUAACUUCUGAUAGCUAUAGUGACCCAUAUAAAAGAAGUUAAGUUCCUGGUGGACAGAUGUCUUUGUAUGAAAACUGCCAUAACAUGAAUUAACAGACCUCUUGUUUGGAGUCUCAAAAGACCCAAAGACUGAAAAAGCAUGGGGAUACUGAGGCUGGACACUUCAUCAGUACACAUGCCAGAAGAAAUUCAAGCUCAGCUGCAGGGCUUUGCUUAUACUGGGGCUGUCUGCAUCUUAUUAGUCCUUUUUGAAACUUCAGUUUUAUGUCGUGAGGCUCUCAACCUUCUCAUAACCAGCAAGGAAAGGUCAGGAAGCAGCUCUCUGAGACUCGUUCAAUAAAACCCAAUUUAUUUUUAAAGAAUAAAUCAUCAGGAAAUACAGAGGUUAAGUAUCAGGCAGUUUACAGGCUGACAAGAGACUCAACAUAGGGGAUGAUCAAGGGUGCAUGUUGCUAUUAAUCUCAGUUGUGUGGUACUGUAGCCAAAAAACCUGUACCACUGAUGCUAUUUGUUUUAUUACCAGCCAGUUUCUGGGGAACAUUGAUGUGUCCUUGCAGUGCUGGGAAAACAAACAAAAAUUGUUCAGUGCACCACUGUCAGUUCUUACUGAACUGUACUGCAUACAUACAUACAUAUAUAUAUAUAUAUAUAUAUAUAUAUAUAUGUUUUGUUAAUAUGUAUAUGUCUGUUAUAUGUGUAUGGGUCCCUGGCAAAGCCAAACAUGGGUGAAGAGCUCUGUCUGUGCAGUCUCUGACUGCAGUCUUAGAAGAAACAUGCUUCACUAUGACAGCCUUCUCAGUUGUGAAUUAACUCUAAAAUAUCAGGAAUAUGAAUUAUUUUUAAAAUACUUUUUUUCCCACUGUGAUACACAGGAGAGGAGUUCUCUUGGGAAGGUAGGAGGAGAUUUGCUUUAUACUCCCUUAACCCAGUAAUAUGUGGCAGCACAAAGUCCAGAAUAACAAGUGGAUGGUGGAAACAUGGGUUCCUCACAGAGAGACUGAAUGCUGUUUUGCCACUUGUUUUUUCAUUCUGCUUCUCUGGCUGUUUUUGUCAGGAGACAAGUGCAGCACCCAAGUCUGACUCAAUUAGUUCAGUCCCUUGUGCUUGCUGGCUGCAGGUCGCCAAGGGCCCAAGGAGCUGCUCUGCUCCAGGUUCACACCUUUGGUCAGUACAUUGCAUAGUGUGAUACCCGGGCUGUAACGCUGGCCCUGCAAAAGAGAUCCUGCUUCACAUGUUCUCUGCUCCAACUGCAGCUUGAGGUCAGCGUUACUGUGUAAUUAAAUGAGCUGCCUUAUUAGAGGGUGCUGCUGCCCAGUAAAUGAUUCUCCCAGUUUAUGUCAGGAUACACAGCAUGUUCACAGGCAGUAACUCAGCAGUGACCAGCAUCUCCACAGUCAUCUUUGAAGAGCUUACAUCCUUCUGGCUGUGUCAUCAGAGAUUCCUAAUUGAAUCUCUAGGAUAAAUACAUGAAAUGUCUUCUGUCUGGAAGCUACCUCAGCCUGUUGUGAUCAGUACAAGUGAGGAAGGAACUAGCCUGGGAAUCUGGAUGCAGAGUAGGAGGGUUCCUCUUUUGCUGGCCUUGGCCAGCGGGUGAGGACACAGCCUGCAGAGCUUGACACUUUUUCUUAAGGUGAGGAGGUGGGAACAGCACUUCCUCUCAUCCUGCCCUGAGGAUGGGAAGGGGCUGGCCUUCCCACGGAAAGCCAUGCCAUGCAAGGAGGCAAAUGCUGCUGAGAUGGGGUCAGCAAGGUGGUGUAGGGCGGGGGAUGGAUGUCUCAGGGGAUGAAAACCCUUUUGCCUGCCUGGGCCCUGUGUUCUCACCUACGUGACAGAAGCUCUAAAACUGAGGCUGGUGGUUUUGAGAGCUAUUAUUUUUAUUUUUUAAUUAUACAUAUGCAUGAAAUUGGAAUACAUUCCGUUAUUGCAGAAAGAUGUCAGCUUAAGCUGUACGGAUCACAGAUUUCUUGCAGGAACCAUGACAUGCCUUAAUGCUGAUUAUUAGCGCUAGAAAAAGGAAUGCUUCCCUGACUGUCAGUAUGUUAUUGUCAAGUGAGAAGUUUUCUGACACUUUGUAAAAUGCCUGUCACAGAUCAUGAACUUGCAAUACUUUAAUGAACCCUGAAAUUUUUCCUGAGCAUUUUAAGGAAAUAUUAGUCAACCUAAUAAUCUAAAUGUACACUGCAGAAGUGUGAGGAGUAAUAAAAUUUAAACAACAGGACUAACAGAGUUUCUUUAUUUUGGUGUAAGUGUGUGCUAUGAAAGAAGUGAAGGAAGGCCUCCGGAGCACAGGAAUUUAGCAGAUAAAAAUGCUCGGGACAUUUCUCUGAUCACUGUAGAAAUUGCAGUAUGGUGUGAGUUAGCAGUGCAAUAUAAAACCUCUGGACUCUCAGGUUCUCGUGCUGUGAAACCAAACACAGACAGAAACCAAAGCACUUGCUGUCUGGUCGCUGAUGGUGGAAAUGAAUGUAUGAGCCCACUGGCCAGUGGACAGGCCUUCACAGCAUUCACCUCACAUGAGAUGGUACCAAAGGGGGAGGCCAAGGGAUGUUUAUUGCCCCCUCAUGCAUCCUCGUGAUUUGACUUCCCCUGCUCAAAAUUUAAAUGCUUUCAAGGUACAAAUGGGAGAAGAAUUUGUGGUGUUUUUUUUCAUUGCCUGGGCUAAAGUUGUCACUUGAUUCAUUGGAGAGCUUUCUCCUUUUUUGGGGAACUAAAUUUUGGCAUAUACUGAGUGGGUUUUAGGUGCCCUCUAAACAUCCAGAUUCUGAGUAUGGAUUUUCGAGUACCCUGGAAACAGAACAGGAUUUGUGCCCUUAGUGAGUUUAUUUCUGACCAGCCCCAGCUGCCAAAUAUGACACUUUCCCAAUUUCUACCUCAUGACACGUCUGCUGGCUGGGCCCAGCCCUGGUCUCUUCCUUCCCACUGGGGGUGUCCGUGCUUCCCUGAGCUGUGGGAAGGGAGGUGACAGCUGCCAGUGUCUGGCUCUGGCUCCCUGCUGCUCAAGCAGCUCCCUGCUCACCCGCGUUUUCAGUUCCCUUUUCUCGGUCAGGCGCUGUGGCUGAGGCUGGGCUUUGGGAGCUGCAUGGCAGCUGCUGGGGAAGCUCACCAGAACAGAGGCUGGCGCCGCACCGUCCCAGCCCGCACGCUGCGGCUGCCCAGCGUGCUCCCACCGGCCUCGCCUGCUCCUGCCAGCCUGCAGCCGGCCCCGUGGCAGAAAGGCCCAAGACUCUCCUAGGAAGCUACACUGGGUUGUUGGGUUUUUAUGUGUUUACAAUUUUUUAGUCUUUGUAAUUCUUUUAAAAAUCUGUCUGCAAUGAGUAUAGAGUUUACUGACUAAGAAAGCAACUGGUUUAAUUUUGUAAGACUGACUCACAAUGGGGUGAAACAUCACAGUCCAUCAUGAGCUGUUCAGUAGUGCAUUUGAUGCCUUAUUACAAUCGCAGCCGUGUUCUGUACAGAGUCAAAAAUAAAAGUCUGUGAAUUUGA